UAAUUCAUUUCGGUUUAGAUAUUCUAUAGUUUAUAAAGAGUUACUAACGAUUAUCAUUUAAUAUUUAAUCAUUAUGUGGUCGUUUUAUAUACUAGUUCUAUCAUUUGGAAUACCUUGGACGACAACUACAAUAAUUAAAAGUCAAAAUGACUUUACACCAUGUGAGUUCUAUCAGAGAUGUCAGUGUAAAAAAGACAACAAUUCACUAUUUUACGAUGCAGAUUGUUCAGGGCUAAACAUGACACACAUACGGAGGUUUCCGGAUAUAAUUGUGAAACUAACACUGCGAAUGAAUAGUUUAAACGAAGUUAAAGACGGUAUAUUUUUAGAAAACAAACUUCUGAGAACGUUGGAUCUUUCUUUCAAUAGCAUAAAUAAACUUUUGCCAUCAUCCUUCAUCGGAUUGGAACAGUUGAAAGAACUCGAUCUUCAACAAAAUAGUCUAAACAGGAAAAGUUUAACAUACAAUGUAUUUGCGAUUUUUCAAAGCUUGGUUUAUUUGAAUUUAAAAGGAAACGUUUAUCAAGAAUUUCAACCUAAUAUAUCCUCCUUAAUGCGUUUGGAAACGUUAAAAAUGGAUUUUGCAUAUAAAGAGACAACUAUUCUAGGUAAGCAGUUCAGUAAUCUGAAGCGAUUGGUGCGUCUAGAUUUAUCCGGGUUUACAGGAAACUGUUCAAUAAUUCAUUUGACACCACAGACAUUUCAGUAUGUUCUACAAAUUCGUCAUUUAAAUUUAUCUUUGUGCAAAAUAAAAUCAGUGCAGAAAGGUACUUUUGAUAAAAUGAAAAAUAUUACCUCUCUUGAUUUAUCAGGUAAUACAUGUUUAAAAUUUCAAGUCUUAGAAAAUGUUACGAUCGAUCUUCAGUUUUCCGCAAUUAAAAUUCUAAAAUUAAACAAAAUUCAUAAGGUUUUUGAUAUGAACACAUAUCUACAAACAUCUCAUAUCAGACAUCUGAACAACACGGCUAUCGAAGAAUUUCAUUUGGACAGCAACCGUCUGCAGCAAAUAGAAUCUGGUGCUCUGAAAUAUUUGCCCAAAACAUUAAAAUAUGUAUCAACAAGAGAUAACAUGUUUUCUGUAGGACCGUACCUGUAUGACCUGAUGUCUAUGUCGCUAGAACUUUUUGAUAUUUCCGAUAUGUUUAAAGCUCACAAGGAGGAUCGUCACCCCGAAACGUGCAACAUUCACUUUGUAUGUACCUGGCACAAAGAGGCUCAAUUUAAUGAAAAUCAGAAUAUACAGAUGAAAAAACUAUUGUUUAAAAGCGGACAACAUUACCAUGAUGAUAAUGCUGUCACCAUCAUACCUAUACCCUAUAGACUAAAAACAUUGCUCUUUCGAUCUAGUGACGCCAAAUAUAAGAUCACGGCAGUAACUUUAUCUAAUAAUAAACUAGAACGUAUGGAUGCGAGUAACAAUAUCUUGUCACACUUGAUAGGUCCUUUAAAAAAUACCAAGAAUUUGAAAUACUUAAACCUAUCUUCGAAUGUGUGCUCCAACAUUUCGACAUUCUUCUUUAGUCCCGACUUUAACAAAUUAGAGGAACUACUGUUGGAAAAUAAUUUGUUAGGUCUUGUGUUACCGUCCGAUACCUUCGGACAAAUAUUCCAAAAUUUGCUGAAUUUAAGAAAACUUGAUUUAUCUGAAAACAGGAUUUCCAUUUUGCCUAAUCAGAUUUUCAAGUCUCAGAAAAAGCUUGAAAUUUUAGAUCUUAGUUCGAAUUUUUUCGACAAAAUCGAUUUUAAAUUAUCACAUUUGACACAUCUGUCGUACCUAAAUUUAAGAAAUAAUCUUAUUACAUUUAUUGAAAUUCAUACAAUUCUGGGGAUAAAUCUUAUAGCUGAUAUGAGUAAAAAUCUAUCUAUAAACUUGUUAGAAAACAGACUGGUAUGCACAUGUAACUCCGAGAAUUUUAUAAAAUGGAUUGGUAGUGCAAGUGUUCAUAUUGUAAAUAAAAAUCAUACUUUUUGUCAGUUAUCAACUAAAGAACGUAUCCUUAUGAUAAACAUCCCAGAAAUUUAUAAACGUUUAGAAAAAGAUUGUACAUCAUAUGAAGUUCUUAUUUCUGGACUAGUUGUAACAAUUCUUCUAUUUUUCAUUGUUCUUAUUCUGGGUAUUAGCUACCGAUUUCGAUGGAAGCUAAGAUACUUUUAUUAUAUGGUAAAGAUAAGAUCUCGAAGUAAGAUACCACAAAUCGACGAAGAUGAAAACGAAUAUAUGUAUGACGCCUUUGUGUCUUAUGCAGAUGAAGAUCGAUUAUUUAUUCAUACACAGUUGCUUCAAACACUGGAAAAAGAAAAUGAUAUUCGCCUAUGCUUACAUAAGAGAAACUUUUUACCUGGAAAUGAUAUAGCCACUAACAUUACUUCCGCUAUUCACAAUAGUCGUAAAACUAUUGUCAUUAUGACUUACCAUUACCUAAAGUCUUAUUGGUGUAUGUUCGAGUUUAAUAUGGCAAGAAUGGAGAGUAUUUACGAACGCAAUAACGAAAAUGUACUUUUCCUUGUGGUCUUUGAGCAAAUUUCUGCCCGUGAUUUUCCUUUACAUAUUUUAGAAGUCGUUCAAUCCCAAUCGUAUAUAGAAUUUCCAAAUGACGAGCAAGGGGAUGUGGUAUUUUGGCGGCAGCUUGUUACUGCACUGAAAUAA